AUGGCAAACGCUCUAGACCACCUCAACUCCGGCAGGACCAGGAUCGAGUGGCUCAGCCAGCUCAACACUGAGUACACCCCUGCUAAGCAGUACCGACGAACCUCCAUCAUCUGUACCAUUGGUCCCAAGACCAACUCUGCUGAGAAGAUCAAUGCUCUCCGCAAAGUCGGUCUCAAUGUCGUCCGCAUGAACUUCUCCCACGGCUCGUACGAGUACCACCAGUCCGUCAUUGACCAUGCGCGCGAAGCCGAGAAGUCACAGCCUGGCAGGCCGCUUGCCAUUGCCCUCGACACCAAGGGCCCCGAGAUCCGAACGGGUAACACCGUGGGCGAUGCUGAUAUCCCCAUCAAGGCCGGUGCCAUCAUAAACAUCACUACCGAUGAACAAUACGCCACUGCCUGCGACGACAAGAACAUGUACGUCGACUACAAGAACAUCACCAAGGUGAUUGAGGCUGGCCGCACAAUCUACGUCGACGAUGGUGUCCUCUCAUUUGAGGUCCUCGAGAUCGUAGACGACAAGACGCUCAAGUGCAAGUGCGUCAACAACGGCAAGAUCUCGUCAAGGAAGGGUGUCAACCUGCCCAAGACCGAUAUUGAUCUUCCCCCGCUCUCAGAGAAGGACAAGGCCGAUCUCAAGUUUGGUGUCAAGAACAAGGUCGACAUGGUCUUUGCGUCCUUUAUCCGCCGCGGCAGCGACAUCACCGCCAUCCGUGAGGUGCUCGGUGAGGAGGGCAAGGACAUCCAAAUCAUUGCCAAGGUCGAGAACCAGCAGGGUGUAAACAACUUUGACGAGAUUCUGCGAGAGACUGACGGUGUCAUGGUUGCUCGUGGUGACCUUGGUAUCGAGAUCCCACCCAGCCAGGUCUUCAUUGCACAGAAGAUGAUGAUCACCAAGUGCAACAUUGCCGGCAAGCCUGUCAUCUGCGCCACUCAGAUGCUCGAGUCCAUGACCUACAACCCACGCCCAACUCGUGCCGAGGUCAGCGACGUUGGUAAUGCUGUCCUCGAUGGCGCUGACUGCGUCAUGUUGUCUGGCGAGACUGCAAAGGGUGAUUACCCCGUAGAGGCCGUUACCAUGAUGCACGAGACGUGCUUGCUCGCUGAAGUCGCUAUUCCAUAUGUCAAUGCAUUCGACGAGCUGCGAAAGCUUGCUCCAGUGCCAUGCCCAACCACUGAGACAUGCGCCAUGGCCGCCGUCAGCGCUAGUCUUGAGCAGAAUGCCGGUGCUAUUCUGGUUCUGACGACUAGUGGUACGACCGCCCGCCUCGUCUCCAAGUACAGGCCUGUUUGCCCCAUCAUCAUGGUUACCCGUAACGCGAUGGCCGCCAGGUAUUCACACCUCUACCGCGGCGUUUACCCAUUCUAUUUCCCCGAGGCGAAGCCAGACUUCAAGACGGAGCCAUGGCAGGAGGACGUUGACCGCCGGCUGAAGUGGGGCAUCAUGAACGCCAUCAAGCUCGGAGUGCUCAGCAAGGGUGAUCCCGUUGUUUGCGUGCAAGGUUGGAGGGGAGGCAUGGGACACACGAACACGCUCCGCAUUGUCCCGGCGCAGGAAGAUUUGGGCCUUGACCAAGACGCGUAA